AUGGAGUUUUGUAGAGUUCAUACACUAGCUCUUGUUUCCUUCUUGUUUCUCUGUCCAGUUGCUCAUUGCUGGGGUGUUGAUGGCCAUCUCACCGUUUGUAAGAUUGCCCAGGCACGCUUGAGUGAAGCUGCAGCAGAUGCUGUGAAGCAACUUUUACCAGAAUCUGCUGAUAAUGAUUUGGGAAGUGUUUGUUCAUGGGCAGACCAGGUCAAGUUCCGGUAUCGUUGGUCAUCAGCUCUUCAUUACAUUGAUACCCCUGAUAAUCUCUGCACCUACCUGUACAGCAGGGAUUGCAAAGACGAAAAUGGAGUGAAAGAUAGAUGUGUAGCAGGGGCAAUCAACAAUUACACUAGCCAGCUUCUCGGCUAUGGCAAUGCUGCUUCUCAGUGUAAACCCUUCAAUCAAACCUCACUACCUUCUCCUUUUCUCCUCUUCUUUGUGUCCAUCAUUGCUAAUCAUUUUUCCAAAGAAAAUCACCCUUUACUCUGCCAUAAGCCGCUUCAUGUAGGAUUCACAUCUGACAAAGGAGGCAAUACAAUCAACGUUCACUGGUUCACGCGGAAAGCAGUUCUCCAUCAUGUAUGGGAUGAUAGCAUAAUUGAGACUUCAGAAAAAAGGUCAUAUGAUUCUAACACAGAAGGACUGAUCAACGCAAUUCAGAAGAAUAUUACGACUACUUGGGCAGAUCAAGUUAAGACAUGGGAGACCUGCAGCCGUAACAUGACAGCCUGCCCAGACAUAUAUGCAACUGAAAGUAUAAAAGCAGCCUGUAAUUGGGCAUAUAAAGGUGUGAGUGAAGGUUCGGUACUAGAAGAUGACUACUUCCUGUCCCGUUUACCAAUUGUCAAUAUGCGGUUAGCUCAAGGUGGAGUUCGGUUGGCAGCCACACUUAAUCGUGUAUUUGGAUGA